AUGGCGGCCCUUCCCGCCUUUUUAGUUUUGUUCCUGUACGUCUCUUUAGCGUCAGGCUACACUUUGUUACGAGAUGACGAGAACGAAAUAAUAUGGCCGUCCGUAUACCACUUUAAGGGGGAAAAGCUGAACUUCAAAUCCACUCUAAAAGAAAACUUUGAGAUGUGGUACAAUGGUGAAGUAAAUCGCUCCAGGAUAGACUUCUAUGAUGGAACUGUCAAGAAGUGGUACUACGGUGACACUGGAUACGAAUAUGUGAAACACCCAUACACCACUGAGGAGGUAACAAAUGAUGAGGUGUGCAUCGUCCGAUACUCCGAAGAUGAACAGAUUGACUUCUUGCCUGACGUCUCUAGUUUUACAUACACAGGUCAGACAAUGACCCUGUACGACAAGGUGGUGGAUGUAUGGACCAGCGAAGAACAGCAAGAAGGCAAGGUCGUCAAGGAGUCUACUCUGUACGUCUUCAAGACUGAUGCCGGCGUCGAUAUUCCAGUGCAGCAUGUAAGCAAGGUGUACAACUACGACCUUGGAGAGCUGGCUAGUCACGUCAUCACCAACUUCUACGACUUCAGCGAUGAAGUUGAUGAAGAUGAGCUGAAUGUUGGAGAUGAGGACGACUGCGAAGGCUCAUUCUUGGGUAAGGACUUCCACAAGGACAUUAGGUUCUUCCACCCUGACAUUCCAUCAGAGCUGGACCUGGCAUUCGACCUGUACACCAACCACCACGGCAAGCAGUACCAAGAUAACGAACAUCAGCGCAGGAAGGCUAUCUUCGAGAGCAACUGGAGGAUGGUAGAAGAACACAACCGCAAAAACCUUGGUUACAAGCUGAAGCUGAAUGAGUUCUCUGACCAAACUCCUGAGGAGUUGAGCUACCUGACUGGUACCUACCUCUCGAAGCACCAGGACCCUGACAUGAAGCCAUUCCCUCACAACUUAGCUGAGAUUGAUGAAAUCGCUGAGGAACUGCCAGAGUACUUCGAUCUGAGGAUGGAAGGCGCUGUCACUCCUGUUAAGAACCAGGCUCACUGUGGAUCUUGCUGGGCCUUCUGCACAACUGCUGCCGUGGAGGGAGCCGUCGCCAGGGCUAACGGUGAGAGGCUAGUGGACCUCAGUGAACAGUCACUUGUGGACUGUGCUUGGGGUUACGACAACGCGGGUUGCAAUGGAGGUACCCUGGAUGGUGCUAUGAAAUAUGUGCUGACUCACGGUAUCCCAACCGAGGAGGAAUAUGGACUCUACGAAGCUAAUGACGGUAUAUGCCGCAUCCAGAAUAUGAGCACCACGUACAAGAUCCGUGGCUUCGCCCAGGUCACUCCAAGGAACCCCAACGCUCUGAAGGUGGCUCUCAACAAGUACGGACCAGUCACUGUUGCCAUCCACGCCAGCGGUCUGAUGCAGCACUACGCCAGUGGACUGUUUUAUGAUUUCUCUUGUGAUGAAGACUACCCCAACCAUGGAGUCACAGUCAUCGGUUACGGUACCCGUGAUGGCGAGGACUACUGGAUCGUGAAGAACUCUUGGGGAGAAACUUGGGGUGAAGACGGCUUCAUCCUCAUGUCAGCCAAGAACAACAACUGCUUCGUCCUCGACUCGCCCUACUAUCCCAUCGUUUAA